AUGGAUCCCAUCACUGCACUCGGGGCUGCCACCAGCGUUAUGGCGGUUGUAUCCGCUGCGAUAUCCACAGCAACCACUAUCAUCAACCUGAUCAAUAAUAUUCAAGACGCACCGGAAAUAAUCACCGACCUCCAUGGAAAUCUGAACACUCUCAGGGUUGUGCUGGAUCGACUGGCCAAGACGGAGGCCCUCAUUCAAACGGAAGACGAACAGGCGGAUGACUCCUCGUAUCCAACCAAAGAUGCCGUCAAGGAGUGCAACAAAGUCUUGAAAAGGAUGAUAAGUGAAGUUUUGAAUCCACUGCAAGAGAAGUUGAAGGGCGGUAAAAUCCAAGCUGCAUGGGCCGUGAUACGCACCACCGCAUUGGAUCAGUUCAUAAAGGACAACCUCCACCUCGACGUGGAUGCAGCUCAAGGCACCCAGUCGGAACCGCCCCCACCAUACCAAGCCCAGUCACCCGACCCUGCUUUCUCUCAGAUCCUGACAUCUGCUUUGGAGAAUAUGGAAAAGGAAAUAGUUGCCAAUGGUCGGAAAGAUCGUGAUGAGCACAGUGAUUCGGUAGUCCAGAAGCUAUAUGUUCUGACGAACAACUUCUCUCGGCAGAUGUCAUUGACGAUUACACUUGCGACACUUGGUGGAAAAGCUUUUCUCCAAUCGCUGAAGGCUCUACCCGUGACAAAGAACGAGAUUGACGAUGCCGCUCCAUCAACACUUGAGUGGAUCUGGACAAACGAUGCGUACGUCGACUGGCAACGCCCGAAGUCCAAGAUGCUACUCGUGUGUGGGAAGGCUGGCUCCGGAAAAAGCGUCCUUGCGAAGACUGUUCUCGGAAAGAUACAUGCCGAGACCGAAAAGUCUAACAGCGUAGCCGUGCUUUCAUAUUUCUGUAAUUCCAGGAAACGACCAAAAGAAUCUGUCCUGAACGUCAUGAAGGCUUUCAUUUUCCAAUUUUUACGGGCAGACAAGGGAGAAUUCCGCCGCCUCCUCGAAAAUUGUGAUUCCCUGAAAUCACAAUGGAACCCCUCCAACGUGGAAGAAUUCAAGUUCAGCUUCGACGCGCUCUGGGACAUAUUCAUAACGGUUCUGGACUCUCCGCAGAAGUCGCAGUUUUAUUGCAUGAUCGAUGCAAUGGACGAGUGCGAGUACGAUGCCGAUCAAGAAAAGUUCAUUAUGCGGCUUCCAAAACUAUUCAACGGUAAGCUAAAGGCCAAGCUCAAAUUUUUCAUUAGCAGCCGUCCGGAUUGGAUGACGGAGAAUGACUUCUCUCAAAUCUCUCCCAAGCCUCUCGAGAUCAGCCUUGGAUCGGAGCUCAUGCGUGAGGAUAUCGCGCGAAUUGUAGACAGGGAGUUUUGCCUCGUCAAAGGCAUCUCAACUAUCGAUGAGAACGAGAAGGCGAUACUCAAAGAGACACUAGUUUCCAAAGCAAAUGGCAUGAUCUUGUGGGCAAAACUCGCAUUACGAGAGAUUAGAAAAAAGUUGGGCAUCACCUUGAAAUGGCUGAAAGACGUGGUGGAGAAACUGCCGACCGGUCUAUCGGAAAUGUACGAUCGUAUCUUGGCAAAUAUAGUCAAACGAUAUGGCAGCAGCGAAGAGACCGCAGAGAGGCCUGAGGAUGAUUGGGAAUCGGAUCUGUCCUUGUCAUGGAGAUUGAUUCAAUGGGUCGCGAGAGCUGGGAGACCGCUGACUUUGGAGGAGUUGAAAGUUGCACUGGCAAUCGACCUACACGAUACCUGCUUCGAAGACACUAAAAGCAAAAUGAUUCCCAAUAUCGAGAACGUUGUGCAGCGCAUACCAUUCCUCGAAAUAGUUAACCCAGACGAAGAGCACAAGGAGUCUGAUAACGAAUUUAGCGACAACGGCAUGCGGCAACCUUCUCAGGCCAUGACCCCCUCUUCUACGGUUCGUCUCAUCCAUCAGUCCGCCAAGGAUUACCUCCUCAAGACUGCCACUCCAUUUGGAGGCGAGAUGGAAGGCAAAGGGCGUACUCUCCCAAAUUUCGACGAUUCCAAUAUUGCCGCAUUGUGCACUACACUUCUGAAGUUCCAAGACUUCGCCACAGGCCCCGUGAGAGAGUGUCCCGAAGGAGUUAGGUUUGUAGACUACUUUCAAGAAUACAUUGAGAAGUUUGGUUUGAUGGAAUACGCGUCUUCGUUCUGGGGCUAUCAUCUUCAGCGUGUGCCAGAACCGGACGAUGUGCUGAAGUCCCUAGUCAACAGUUUCGCAUGCGACUCACCAAACCACGUCCGUGCCUAUUGCCAGGCGAGAAAUUUUGUCACUUUGGGCCGCGACACGGACCUCGUCGAAGAUUUCUUGGACUCCACGUCGUGGCGGCUGAAGGUGUUGACUGGAUGGUACAAUCCAACCGAAUUGCAACUAGCAGCCAACCAUUUCGAUUUCGAUGAAGUGGUCAAGCUACUGGAGCAAGGCUGCGAAGUCGACGAAUUGGAUUCGUGUGGUCGUACCGCUCUCUUUUACGCCUGUUCCAACGGAGAUGUCGACAUCAUCACCACUCUUCUAAACGCCAAUGCAAGCCUCACCGUCAAAGACAAACGGGGCAGGAUCCCGCUCGACGUCGCUUUGAAACCGGACUGCAGGGAACUGCUCGUUCAAGAGAUGCAAGAGCAAAGUAUUGAGUGCACGCCAUGCCAGCUCUCGAAAAGCCCUUGUUCGCACUACGAUGUUACGGAAGGAUGUUGUGAACGCUGCGGGAUGACUAUUUGGACGGUCUACUACCAUUGCUGCGACUGCUCUGGCGAGAACUUUUAUGCCAUCUGUGAAGGAUGUGCCAAAAAGGGACGGCGAUGUUUCGACGAUAAGCACCACCUUUUCCACCGUGUUAAAGCUGAUGGAUUAGUCUCGUGGUUGGAAUACACACCGCAUCUGGCGGAUAUCGCGUUCGAGGCUUCCAUGCCGGAUAUAUACAGGAUGCAGUUGAAUGAAACGGAGAACGAGAAGAAAGGGCAAUUCCAGAUUAAUCAAGAGCAAGAGCCAAAGAAAAAAGGCUUCUUGGGACUUUUGUGCUGCUGGUGA